AUGACAGGCUCUGCUUUCCCACCCCGAGCUACCUUCGGACCUCUUGAAUCGAACAUACAUGCCAAGAUUUCCGCAUACGAAGGUCCGGGGGGCAGCGAAGUGCCAGGGUACCCGUGGGAGAUGCCUUAUCUGUCCAUGUACAAUCGAAGCGAGAUCGGAAUGGCGCAGCCUGCGAACUUGAUGGCCAAGGAUCUGGAAUGGCAGAAGGCUGGAGCGAUGCAACCCCCGCCAGACAGAUUGAAGAGACAGCGAAUCGACCAAGAGAUCGAUUUUGUACAAAAGGAUGCGUUGGUGGAAUUAGCGAGGGAAAAUUUAAUGAUCAAACAUCAAAUACAUGUAGCAAACUUAGAGGUGCAACGCCUCAAGCAAAUAUGUGGAGAGCUUGAAAGCGAACAAGCGGACUCAAAAGAUUCCAAGUCCCGGUACUGGACAGAAGAAGAGCACCAGAGAUUUCUCGAGGCUGUGGAAAAAUAUGGACACAAGGACGUGAAGUCAAUAUCUUCAAUAGUCGGGACAAGGAGUGCUACUCAGGUUCGAACCCACGCCCAAAAGUAUUUCAUGAAGAUGGCCAAAUCGAGCUUACAAGUUCAGUGCACCAGCGACUCUGUUGAGGCGGCAGCUGCAGCUGCGUCUGGUGAAACCGGAACCUCUGCUGCCGCUGCCGCUGCGUUUGUUGCUGCAAAGAGCAUCAAGCAGACUCUGGUCACCAAACAGGUAUUCUGUUUCCAUGAAUGA